CCGACACAUCUGGGAUUUGUAGUUUUCUCGAUGCUAUUUUUGACCCAAGGAAUCAACACAUGAACAAUAUCUCCCACAAUUCCGCGCUUUUGUAUUUGUACGUUGACUUUAAACACUGAUGACAGCCCAGGAUGGAGGCAGUUUUAGCCAAAUAUGAAAACCAGAUCAACGUGUUCUCUGAAUUCCUUGAAGAUUUACCAGACACUGACGAGCCAGUGUGGAUUUUAGGAGUGUCUUAUAAUGUUAAAACAGAAAAGUCAGAGCUUCUGUCUGAUGUGCGUUCACGGCUGUGGUUCACGUACAGGAGGAAGUUCAGCCCUAUCGGAGGAACGGGUCCGUCGUCAGACACGGGCUGGGGCUGCAUGCUGCGCUGUGGACAGAUGAUCCUGGCACAGGCCCUCAUCUGCAGCCAUCUCGGAAGAACAUGGAGGUGGCUGAGUGACAGAAGUCAACCAGCUGAGUAUCAGCGCAUCCUCCACUGCUUUCUGGACAGAAAAGACAGCUGUUACUCAAUUCACCAGAUGGCUCAGAUGGGGGUGGGCGAGGGUAAAUCUGUUGGAGAGUGGUACGGGCCGAACACAGUAGCACAAGUCCUCAGGAAACUCACACCGUUUGAUGAUUGGAGUUCGUUAGCUGUCUAUGUGUCAAUGGACAACACCGUAGUGAUCGAAGACAUCAAGAAGCAGUGUCAUCAGGAAGUGAGACCCAGUCGGUGUAUCUGUGGUGGGGUUGAAGUUCCUUCAUCUGACACUUCAUCAGAUGACCGUAAACAGCUCCAGGCUCCGUGCCCCGUCUCACAUUUCCAGCAGAAUCCCCAGCAUUCGCAGGAUUGGAGGCCUCUGCUGCUGCUUAUCCCACUCCGCAUGGGCAUCAACAACAUCAACCCCAUCUACAUCCAGGCACUGAAAGAAUGUUUUAAGAUGCCUCAGUCUUGUGGCGUUCUCGGUGGAAAACCCAACCUGGCUUAUUACUUCAUCGGAUUUAUAGAUGAUGAGCUGAUUUAUCUGGACCCUCACACCACCCAAUCAGCUGUGGACUCAGAGAUGGGGCUCGGGGGGGGUGAUCAGAGCUACCACUGCCAGAGGAGUCCUCAUCGCAUGAAGAUCAGCAGCCUGGACCCGUCUGUAGCUCUGGGCUUCUUCUGUAAGAGUGAGGAGGAUUUUGACAGAUGGUGUACUCAGGUUCAGCAGGAAAUCCUGAAGAAGCGAAACCUGCGGAUGUUCGAGUUGGUGGAGAAACAUCCGCCUCACUGGCCGCCGUUCGUUCCUCCGACUAAACCGGAGGUGCAGACCACGGGAGCAGAGUUCAUCGAGUCCACAGAUAAACUGUUCGAGUCUGAGGAGGAGUUCGAGAUCCUGAAUGUGUGAGCUCCACAACGUUUAACCUUCAUGCAGUUGAGGAUUGGGGCUGAAACAUCAGCGUUCCACUGAUCCACACCAUACAAGUGCCUCAGAUCAACACCAAGCACAGACAUGCAAAAAAAAAUAAAUAAAUAAACAAUAAUAACACCAGGACCUAAAGAGCAGGAACGCUGAGCGAGUGAAGGAUGGCGAGUGUUUACGUCUGAUCUCACGCUCACUGGAGAAGGAUAAGAGAACUGAGAAAAAGCCAAGGAUUACUGUAGCCACUAUGUGUGAUUUUUAGCUCCAUUCAUUGUCAGACCUCUGUGUGUGUGUGUGUUUGAAUGGUUUGGAGAAUUCUUGAGUGGCAUGAACUAUAUCACAUCUCCUACUGCACAGGACCUGAGAGAGAACAAGCAUGGAGAUGAUGAUGAUGAUGAUGUCUUUUUCAAAUGUCACACCCUCAAAACACACACACACACACAAAACCUCUUAAAUCCAGGAGUAAGAGUCAGAUAUGCAUUUAUUCAGUGUUACGCGAGGGGGAAGGAUGAAGCCGUGUGAAGUGCCUCUCAGAAUGUUUCGGUUGAAAUGUUUCUUUUCCACCAUGAGUGACCCCUUUCUUUUUAAAU